UAUCUAUAUCAAUAAAUAUCAUUUGAACUAAACAUAAAAGUCGAAACACACAUAAAAACUGAGGACAGAAAUGUUUUAAAUUUUGUUUUGGAUUACACACUAUUUAAUUAAAAAAACAGGAUGGCAGUUCCAAAGUGUUUUAUAAGUGUUUUGUUCCUCGGACUUUUACCUGUCACAUUAGCUAUGUUAGAACAAUUGGACUACCCACUUCCUUAUGCUCAGUGUUUAUAUAAAAUGUGGAAAAAGUCCCAUGGAAUUCACCGGGAAGUGGCUCUAAGUAUUUAUCACCAGUGUUACUCUAACUACAGAUGGAAAACGUCACAAUUAAGAAACUUUGCCGCCAAGAACGUGACGUCUGGAACCAUUAGGUAUACGGGUAAUCUAAUCACUAGUGCUUUAGAUAGAGUCGAACAUAGCCGGAGAAUGAGAAGACAAGGCCAAGACACACGAAGAGUCCGCAAAGAGUACCGAGUAAUGACAGAUGACGAACGAACCAGGUACCAUGACGUCAUCAACAGACUCAAGUUCGAGGAAAAGAUCGAAGGAGAGUCCAAAUUCGAUGUGCUCGCUUCAUUCCACUCUGGUGCCACCCAAUACACAGCUCAUGGCGGAUGUAAUUUCUUGGGAUUUCACCGUUUAUACAUUCUUAUGUACGAAGAAGCCCUUAUCCAAGUAGACCCAGAAAUAACCCUGCCCUACCUCGAUUCCACCCUGGAUUAUAACAUGGGACUGGAAAACAGUGCUAAUUCCAUGAUCUGGCAUGACGACUUUUUAGGUACAAAAGAGGGAUUCGUCACUUCCGGGCCGUUUGCUAACUGGAAUACAACGAUCGGACAGCUCUUUAGAAAUGUUGGAAUUUCUGGUAGACCCAUGAAUGAUGACGAGAUAAAAAAUAUUACAUCACGUACAAGAAUGCAUGAAGUAUGCGGGGAUGACGCUACGACUUUUCACGACAUAGAAUUCAUACACGGUCCCUUUCAUUUGUUCGUUGAUGGAAAUAUGGGUAUCAUAGAAGUUGCCUCCGAGGAACCUGUGUUCUGGAUGCACCACGCCUUCGUGGACUAUGUGUGGGAAUUACAAAGAGAGAAUGCCAAGACCAAUGGAGUGGACAUUGAGACUGAUUAUCCCGAGUUAUUUGGCGACGUCUAUCAUGGUCCUGACGAGCCUAUGGGCGACAUGAUGGAGGGACUCAGCGUACGUGAUGGAUUGAGUGAGGUUUACACAAAAGACAUCUACAAAUACGCCCCAAGACCAACCUGCUCAGCUGAAAAGCCCGACUGCGGGUCACCCUAUCUUUUAUGUGUUCAGAAUGAUAAAGCAGAGUAUAAAUGCCGUUCAAUGAGUAUAGAAGAAUAUGAUGAAUUUAAAUCAAAUGGUGGCGGGCACACAGGUAUCACCACAACGACUACCACGACAACGACAACUACGACAAGUACGACACCACAACCGACCACCACAGCCUGCCCCACCCUGGCCCCACCCUACCCCCCUCAACCAAAGAACAAAAAAGGAGACCUUCACAAACCCAUCCAGAACUCCUUCUGUGUCAACGGUAAAAAGAAUAUUAAUGAAUGGAUAUACAUUCCAGUCAGGGUUACAAUUCGCCGACCCACAGAUUUUGGAAACUAUGGAUCGUUUCCUGUUGUUAACGGAAAAGUUAAUACAAACACAGACAUUUACUCUUCAAAAGGAUACACCAAAUUGGAUCGAUACAUGCGCAAUGGAAGAAAACCUGCCGAUUAUGGAAGCUGUAAAAGUACAUAUAGUGGAGCCGGAGAAAUCUAUAUUCAAACAGAUGGUCUUAACUACGACGGGACCUACAAGGAGUUCGCCAUUGUAGAUCAUAGAUUGGCAGUAUCCGUGUCUAUUGCCUAUGUUGCUAUUAAGAACCCCGGGUCAGGACAGUCAGAUGUUCUGAUAUCGGCUUAUGAUUCCUGUGGACGAGUCUGUCGUCCAUCGUGUCUUGUUCCUGGUACUACCAAUCUUUAUCGACCAUGUGCAGGUGCUCUUCGUGUAAACACAAAACAGCCUCUGAUGUUUGGAGGGAGCUUUGGUGAUUCAGUUCUUGGAGUCUGGGACUUUAACACAGAGAGAUCUUGUCCCCAGUUUAACAUCAAUCAGAUUUAUGUAUCCUUUUACUGUGACUAUAGCGACCGAUGGCCCUGGCAAUCAGCUCUCACUCAACCAGGGGUUAAAGAACCAGAAAGGCCUCCAGCUGGAGUGAAGGUCAACCGGAAGUCAAUGAAACCCAGUCCUCUACAAAGUAUCAAUGCUCCUCAGAUGAGCCUGAAUGCUCCAGCUAAUGCCCCAUUGAUCAUGACCACCACAGCAGCUGCCAACACAAAACCUAUCCCAGCAAGUCCACUGAAAAAAUGUCCAUUGCCGAAUAAAGGCUGUACGAUAGAGAAGGCGGACUGUGAUACGCCGUGCGAGGCCGGGAAGUAUUACCAGUGUGUCAAUUCCUGCGAUCGCUUUGCCAGAUGCUGGGCAGGGUUUUAUUUUGUCCAGCAGUGCUACAAAGCUCAUUUUGAUCCACAAACAGGCAAAUGUAAACUGGGCAAAGGCCACUGUACUGAUCAAGAAUGGAAUCCCGGAACAAGACAGAGGGGUAGAAGGAAAUUCGGCGGUGUCCGUGGAUUUGGGAUUGGUAAAUAAAUCCUUGUGCAUGGGUUAUACCAAAAAACUAGUAAAGAAUUAUAGAAAGAAUCUCGGGGUCUGCAAAAGAAAAUUUCUUUUUUAGGAAUUUUUUUUUAUUUUUUUGGCGUAAAGUAGAACAUUUUCUUUUGCAAAUUACAAAUUCAGAAAAUCCGAUAGAUUUAUUAUAAAAGCUCGAGAGAUCUCUGAUUGUAACGGAAAGUGCAAUGAUGUUUGUGAGGAAAAAUCAUUUACAAAGUGCAAUAUUUUGUUUUUCUUAUGUGCCAUAUUUGUUUUUGCAUUGAUGUCUCUAUGAAAGAAACCACGACAAGUCCCAAACAAUAAUGACAAUAUCAAUGUUUAUGUAGAUUCUACAAAUCGUCCUGAUCACUGUUGUUUAUAUUUAAGUGUUCCUGGGAUCAUGAUUAGAUUUGUAGAGCAAAGCAUCAAUCAAAUCCCUCCGCGAGCAUGUGCCAAAUUUGUCUUUUUUGUCGUAAUUAUAUGCAGUUUAGUUUGGGUCUGGUUUCAAUUUGUCUUCCUAUACUUUCCUCGGUUCUAAAUGGAGUGAUCCGUGGAAAAAUCUGUGAUUGAUUGGACAGCAUAGUGCUAGUCAUCCAUUUUGUAAUUUAUUUUAUUUUCAUUCAUGUAAUAUAUCACAUUUUGACUUGUUUUAUACAUAUUUUAAAUGUAUAUUUUGAAAAUAAAAAGAUAUUUAUUAUUU